UCUCUCUCUCUCGCACAGACCCAGGCAGAGGUUGUACGUCCGCUCCGGGAGAGAGAGCUCACACCGCAUAGCGCUACAGCCGCCUGACACCGACAGUCCUACCGCACGCUCUUUUCAAAUGGAUGUCUCCUCCGUUCACGCCUUUUGACACCGGAAAGUGCUCCUGUAGCUGCGUGAGAAACACCUCAUCCCCGGCUUGUUUUCUUAGGUAACUGCCUUCUCUCGACGACACAGAGAGAGCCAUACUCACCCCCCUUUUCCUUCCAUCGUUAGCCCGCUAAGCUAGCUAGCCCGCUAACUUAGCGGUGAUACUUUGUACCGAGUCGGUGUCAGUUUUCUGCCUGCGGACUCUUUGCGCCACGGCUGAGGAUUGAGGUGACCAGUCACUCUAGGAGCAUGUAUGAGUGACGAGCAAAAGAGGAAGUGGGAUCUCUGAAGCUCCGCCCCCUCUACUGGUGGAGCACCCUGCACAUCUGACCAGAGACCCCUUAACUCACUUUGAAAGGAUGCGGAGGUUCGCCUACUGUAAGGUGGUUUUGGCCACCUCUCUGGUCUGGGUGAUGCUGGACAUGUUCAUUCUGCUCUACUUCAGCGAGUGCAACAAGUGUGAUGACAAGAAGGAGAGAGGACUGCCCGGGAGAGACGACACCUUGUCCAGACCGCGAGAUGGGCCUGGUGAAGGAGGAAAACCUGUGGUGAUCCCUAAAGAGCAGCAGGAGAAAAUGAAGGAAAUGUUUAAGAUCAACCAGUUCAACCUCAUGGCCUCGGAGAUGAUUGCUCUCAAUCGUUCGCUGCCUGACGUCCGCCUAGAAGGGUGCAAGAACAAGUUAUACCCCGAUAAUCUUCCUCGCACCAGCGUUGUGAUUGUAUUUCACAACGAGGCUUGGACCACGCUGCUGCGAACCGUCCACUCCGUGAUUGACCGCUCUCCACACACACUGCUGGAGGAGAUUGUUCUGGUGGAUGAUGCCAGCGAGAGAGAUUUCCUCAAACAGCAGUUGGAGAGGUAUGUGAGAAAAUUGGAAGUCCCCGUCAGAGUCGUGAGGAUGGAGCAGCGGUCCGGGCUCAUCCGCGCACGCCUCAAGGGAGCGUCUAUCUCCACUGGCCAGGUCAUAACCUUUCUGGAUGCUCACUGUGAAUGCACAACAGGAUGGCUGGAGCCUCUGCUUGCCCGCAUCAAACAAGACAGGAAAACAGUGGUGUGCCCCAUUAUCGAUGUUAUCAGCGAUGAUACCUUUGAGUACAUGGCAGGCUCUGACAUGACAUACGGAGGAUUCAACUGGAAGCUCAACUUCCGCUGGUACCCUGUACCUCAAAGGGAGAUGGACCGCCGCAAAGGAGACCGCACACUGCCUGUCAGGACUCCCACCAUGGCAGGCGGCUUGUUCUCCAUAGACAGAGAUUAUUUCCAGGAGAUUGGCACAUAUGACGCAGGCAUGGACAUCUGGGGAGGAGAGAACCUGGAAAUCUCUUUCAGAAUUUGGCAGUGUGGCGGGACUCUAGAGAUUGUCACGUGCUCUCACGUGGGUCACGUGUUCAGAAAGGCGACGCCCUACACGUUUCCCGGAGGAACAGGACAGAUCAUCAACAAAAACAACCGGCGUCUGGCAGAAGUUUGGAUGGACGAAUUUAAAAACUUCUUCUACAUCAUCUCUCCUGGUGUGACCAAAGUAGACUAUGGUGACAUCACGUCUCGCACUGCUCUGAGGCAAAAGCUUCAGUGUAAACCCUUCAGUUGGUACCUGGAGAACAUCUACCCUGACUCCCAGAUCCCUCGGCACUAUUACUCCCUGGGAGAGAUCCGUAAUGUGGAGACUAACCAGUGUCUGGACAACAUGGCCCGCAAGGAGAACGAGAAGGUCGGCAUUUUCAACUGUCACGGGAUGGGAGGCAACCAGGUUUUCUCCUAUACGGCCAACAAGGAGAUCAGGACAGAUGACUUGUGUCUAGACGUGUCCAAGCUAAACGGACCCGUCAUGAUGCUCAAGUGCCAUCACCUCAAAGGCAACCAGCUCUGGGAGUACGACCCUCUGAAGCUGACCCUGAUCCACGUCAACAGUAACCAGUGUCUGGACAAGGCCAGCGAGGAGGACAGCCAGGUGCCCAGCGUCAGAGACUGCACGCACACACGCUCCCAACAGUGGCUGCUCCGCAAUGUCACACUACCAGAGGUCUUCUGACCACACUCCUCACACUCUUAAACGCGCACAUUCACACACACAGCAGCCCAGAAUAAGAAAUAAAGGGGAACAGACGUGUUUUUUUUUUUUCCGGCACCAGGAAUGAAAAAGACUUCCCUACACUGGGAUUUGGGAAGGAAGGAGGACAGAUUGGACGGUACUACCUCUGCCGGACGUCAGAGGGAGGAGUGCGUACAAGCCUCCUUAAAGCGAGAAGAGAGAAAAGCCUCCCUCUGAGAGACGAUGGCUGUUGUUUUACAUUCAUUUUGUUUUGUUUUGUUUUUUUUUUUAAAGAAAAAAGAGAUUUUAACCGCAGAGAGUUGACUCGCUCACAUGCGCGAAUACGAGGAACUAACUGGUGGAGUCAUCACAGCUUCCCCCGGACAAAGCAGUCCACCGCUCAACUCAUCACUUAACGUUUACUGACUGCCUCUUACGAGAGUGUGUGCACUUAUUUGUGUGUGUGUGUGCGUGUACUGAGAUGAAUGUAUGCUUUGAGAAGGGGACUGAAUUCCUUGUUGAUUUUCUUUCUUUUUUUCAUAUUUGUUUUAUUUAAUUUUUUAUGGAUUUUGAAAAUGUACUCCUGUGAAGAAGGAUGUGCACGUGUGCAUGUGUGAGAAGCUGUGGUGUGUGUGUGUGUGUGUGUGUGUGUGUGUGUGUGUGUGUGUGUGUGUGCAUCAAAGCCAGUCCUUUGGUCAUGCAGCAGUGUGUGUCUCCCUCUGGUGUUACAGUUUAGCAUUUCAUCUUACAGGCUGAAGCCUCCGUGCAGAGGGACAACGCAUACACACGAAAAAAACAAACAAAACAAGAAAGCGAUCACGAGGACCCGACGUCUGCCAUCAGCAGAAAUCUAGAGAUAGAGAAUUAUGAUGUUUGUGAUAUCUUAAGAUUUCUAUGUCCAGUUUUUACAUGGCUUGUCUGUUUCUACUGUUUCAGUAACCCUAGUUUGUCUGUACGUCUCUGUUGUCUUUAAAGAUAUUUAACAUAGAGCUAACACACACACACACACACACACACACACACACACACACACACACACACACACACACACACUCUCAGAGGAUACAUGAGUCUGUUACUGAUGUUCACUGCCUAUUGUAGUGUUCAACCACGUGGAUCUCCCCAGUAAGGCACUACAUUGCCACACAUAAACACACAGACAGACACACAUGCUGUAUACAUAUAGGAAAAAGGCUGCCUAAGCCUGAUACUUCAGUCCAUUUUUGUCAUAUCGUCUUCUCGAUGACCUCUUAACGAAAAACAAAAACACUCCAAGGGCUUCUUUCCUCCAGCGGAGUGUGUGGAUGUUUGCAUUUGUGUGGGUGUGAGCGUGUGUUUCUUCAGUACUAAUCCCAGCCCAUUAGCUCCCUGUUUACUAGAACAAACUGCGCUCCGAUUCCUCGCUAUUGGACGAGCAAGCACCCGUAGCGUAGACUGGCAGCAGAUUAGCAUACCCCUGCUUCCUCCGUCGUACUAAAAGAGCAAAACGCUGUUAUUUUUUACACAGAGCCGGGUUCCCUGCACUCCCCCUGCGGACAUAUCUACAGCAGGAACGUGGCACCGCUAUGAGAAUUAAUCAGGGACAGAAUAAAAGCUGUAGAGAGCCAAAAGGAGUGAAAGGGUUGAACUGUGUGAUUACAGAGAGCACAGCAGAUGACAUAUCUUAAUCCAUUACUACAUUUCUCUCACUUGGCAAGCGCACCUGCAGCAUUUCACUAUUCAUAUCUCAGUCAGAGGUAGACAGCGUGUCUUUUUCAUUUCCACUAUCACGCCUUCUUUAUUCUUAUUCUUUGUUUUUUGUUGUUGUUUUUUUAAUCGCUUCUGCCGCUGCGAGUCAGGGCACCAGAGGUGAUUUCAAAAAAUGAUUUUUAAACAUUUCAGCUUCCUCCAAUGGAGGAAGGGUUUACACAAAGGACACGACAUCAGUUCAUCUUCGCCAUGGACAUGGCAGUGAGUGGAGGCCAUCAACAGGUUGUUUUUUUUGUUUUGUUUUUUCAUGUCUGAUCGAGUGACUGUGGUGAAGAUGUGAGAGUUUUUUUGAUUGUGGGACAGACGGGGGAGCGUAUCGAUUGUUCUAAAUUCGGGAGGCGGGUUAGGGGGUGGGUUUGAAAUGAACUGACAUGUCCAGGCUUCCACACUGAGCUGAUCCAAAUGUAGAAAAUAAAAGUGAAAACGUUUACAGAAUACUUUGAGGUGCCUGGUGAUUUCUGCCUCCUGUCUCCACAGACGCACCACAAACCGUUACAUACUUAAUUACAUAGCCCAACCAAUACUGAACUUUUAAAAUGAUGUUUAUA